UGUUUCUGACAUUCAUCACAUCAUUGGAGCAACGUAUACGUGAUUCAAGGAGGAAUGCAGAACCAACAGCAGCAACACCACCAAGACUAUAGCAAAGAGCGUUCUUUACCACCUUCGCCUCCACGCGAUUCAUUCUCUCCUUCUCAUGUAGUUGACAUUGAUGCCAUUGAACUUGAGAAAGAAAAUAUUCAGCCCAUCAGGCAGGGUCGUAGUGCACAAGUCCUUAGUCGCCUCUUUAGUACUCAACCUGUUGAUCGUGCACACGAACUGGCGCUACAACAUCAGCGUUUUCAGGCCGAACUCGAUCGAAUCGAUGAACUAAAGGACCCUUUGGAUGCAUACAUGCGAUACGUGAGUUGGACGAUCGAGAAUUAUCCUCAAAGCGGAGCGCAGGGACAUGAUUCUCGAUUGGUGUCGCUACUUGAGCAAGCAAUUGAAACAUUCAAGGAUGAGGAGCGUUACAGGAACGACCCACGAUACGUGAAGCUGCUUAUUCUAUAUUCAGAGAAGAUCGAGUUCCCGAUGGACGUUUUCAGUUUUAUGGAGACCAACAAGAUUGGGAAUGAAAUCGCCAUGUUUUAUGAAGAACAUGCAGACUAUUUGGAGUCACAAGAGGAGUGAGUUUCCUUGCAAUUGCGCUAUAACCUAUUAUAUGAAAAGGCAAAGGAGAUUUUUCUGCUGGGCAUUCAUAGGAGGGCUCGCCCUUUGGG